GGCGGACACAAAUGAUAGUUUGGGUAGGCCCAAUUAUACUGGAAUUCGAUCAAGAUAUAAACUAUUUCUCAACAUGCAAAGAAAUAUAAUUGAAAAAAAUUCUCUAUAUACCAUCGGAUUUAUGCUCAUCUCUUUAUGUGCUAUUGAGUAGUAUAAAGGGAAUUUUUUAUGUGUAUAAUAUGCGGGAAGUGAAAAUAAUUCGGACGUUGGGAAAGUCGUUCCGUACCCGUGUGCCGUAAAGGCGUAAACCACGUAUUGCGAAAACGGCUCACAGUUUCGAUGCGAUCGAAGCCGGAAGCACAGGUCCGUCAGACCCGAUCCGAGCCCCAGAUUCCAGCCGAAGCCGACCCCACACAUCUCUCCCGGUCCAGGUAGUUACGCGUCCUCUUCCUCCUCGUCGCCUCGCCUCCCAGUCGGCCAGUCGCCACCGCCCGAGAAGCCGAGCCCGCAGCCACCGGAUCCCAGCGGGCAUCGCCACCCACCCCGCUCUCCAUGGUGGCACGCGAGAGCGAGACCUAACCCUACCUUAACCUUACUACCUCACAAUGGCCGCCGCGGGGGAGCGCCGCAAGCUUUGUGGCUACCUACGCGCCGUGGUGUCCAUCCCCGGCGGGGACGUCGCGGCGGCGGCGUCUAUCCUUCCGCUGUCCCCGUGCACGCUCUCCGCGUGCGGGGCCGUGGCCCUUGCGCCGCUCCCCGACGACGUGCGGGCCCAGCCGCGGUGGCCCAGGUCGCGCGCCCCCGGCGUCGUGCGCCUGCUCAGGACGCUCGUGGCGAACCGCUGCGUGGAGGUGGAGGGUACGCUUCUCCGGGUCGUGACCAGGAGGAGGCCUGGGGAAGGGGAAGGGGAAGGGGACGGCGCCGCGGUGGAGGCCAGGGCCGUCGUGCUGCUCGACGUCUACAUACCCGUCGCCGCGUGGUCCGGUUGGCAGUUCCCGCGCUCGCGCUCUGCUGCCGCCGCCGUCUUCAAGCAUGUUAGGCAACUGGAAUAAAAUGGAGGAAUAAGGAACUCCCGCACAACGCAAGGCAACUGGAAUAAGGAAGCCAACGUAUUUCUCUCUGACAGAAGUUCCUGAUUCCCUCGGCAGUGGCGUGGUUGCCUAUGUUUGCUGUCUGUUUUGAUCUACUCGUUUUUUCGCUGUCUUGUGCUCGCUGUCUUCCGUGGUGUUUCAGUAGCAAUGGAAAAGGGUGAGUGAGCCUGUGUUGUGUUACAAGCAUCCCAGUUCAAUGGGAAAACAAACACAAAAGACAUGAACCAACUGAACAGCUUGAUUUAA